AUGAAACCACCACCCGCCCUCUCCUUUUCCGUGCUAAUCCUCUUCACCAUCACCACUCACGCCGCCCGCACCCGCCGAACCGGCAACGGCAACGGCAACGACCCAUCCCCCGGCAUCAUCACAGUCCAAGAUACCAAAACGAUACACUGCACCCCCCUGCCCGGGCGCAUCUCCCUCCACGCCUGCGCCGGCGCCAUCCUCCGCCUCCCCAUCGACCACACCGUCGGCACGUUCCACGGCGGCGGCGCCGACGACGGCUUCCGGCUCCCGGUCUCCCGGACGUACGGCGGGUGCGACGUCCUCGUGGGACUGCGCGGGGGCGGACCGGAUCGGGAUCGGGGGAGCUGGCUGGAUGCCGGGCGGGCGGCGGCGGAGAUGAACGGACGGUGUGCGGGGAGCAGGGGGGCGGUGCGGAGGUACGGCAGCGCUUGGGUGAAUGUGGGGGAGUCUGGUCGGAUACGGAUUCGGUUGCGUCCCGCUGGUGGUUUGCGGGAUGUGGAUGGGAAUGGAACGGUUGUGGAUGUGGUGUUGUAG